AUGAAACACUGUAUCUUACUGUUUAAGGUGUAACACUGUAUUUGCUCGGUGAUGUUAUGAUCUGAAAAUUGUUGUGUGAAUUUGGCUAUGGCGAUAGGAUCUUGGUACCGGAUUCUUUUCUUUUGUGGUUUGUAUUAUGUGUUGAUGUUUAUGUUUUUUGAUUCGCGAAUAGUGGUGGCGGGAAUGGAGCCGGCGAAGACGGUGAAGAAUCCGCAAGCAAAUGAUGGUUUGUGUUCGAAAUUUGCUUGGGAAAUCCAGGGGUUUACGAGACGGAACGAAAAGAAACUUUAUUCUGAGACAUUUGUGCUUUGUGGCCAUAAGUGGCGGAUACUAGUUUUCCCAAAAGGAAAUGGCGGGAACCAGCUUUCGGUAUAUUUGGAUGUUGCUGAUUCUGCAGUACUGCCAACGGGAUGGAGUAGACAAGCAACGUUCAUCUUGACUGUGAUCAAUCAAUUCAGUCGGAGACGAUCUGUAAGGAAGGAAACACUACACCUGUUCAAUUCAGCUGAGAGUGAUUGGGGAUUCACAUCAUUUAUGCCUCUCGCAGAGAUCUUAGAUCCCCACAGAGGGUUUAUUGUGAAUGAUGCGAUUAUUAUUGAACUUCAAAUUCAGGAGUGUUUAUCCAAUGACUCUGAGCAGAUCUCCAGAAUUGAACACGAAAAAGUAGAAUUACUGGUCCCAACAGUAGAAAUCCAGAGUGAAAGAGAAGAGCAGAUCUCGAAAACUGAACAAGAAUCAGCCAAAUUACUAGUCCCAACAGUCGACAUCCAGAAUAUAACAGAAGUGCACAUUUCAGAAACUGAUCAUGAACCAUUCGAAAUAAUAGCCCCAACAAUCGAAAUCCAGAGUGAAACAAAUGAGUUGAUUCAGCCCAUUGAAUCUGAAUUGGCAAAGGAUGAAACUUUAUUAGUAGUGGCAUCUCACGGAGAUUCUCCAUGUCAACAGGAAGUUGAACAAGCAACCAUUGUUUCCCUUGAAGAAGAAGGGCUCGGUAUUAAAGUUUCUGACCAACCUCAAAUUUUGUCAGAGGAAGUGCAAGAUAAAGUUCAUGAUAUCAAAGAUGAGCUUCCUGUUGAUCGGCCUCAUUUUGCAGAAGAAGGAAAUAAUCAAGUACUCCAACCUGAACUUGUUUCUUUGGAUAAUGAUCAAUCCACCAUCUCUGCUCCAAAAGAUUUGGCUUCUCAAUCCGAGCCUCAAUCAGAGUGCAAAACUAUUGAUAUCAAUGGCUUUCUGGUGCUAUUGCCUCAGGUAGAUAUAAUUAGGCAGGUUUUUGAGAAACAUCCCGAUUUAGCUUCAAACUGUCGGCUGCGCAAUGUUGAGCUUCGAUCAGCAUUCGUAGCUUUCCUCUACGCAGUCAUGGACAUGUUAUGUCAAUCUCCAGAGGACAUUUCUGAGGAGGACCUGAAAUGGGUCGAAGACGGUUUGAUUGAUCUGGAGUAUGGCGGUUUCCAGGUGGAUUGGCUGAAUAAGAAGGUGGCGGAGAUCAAAGAGAAAAAGGAACAGGCUAGUGGGUCUAGGCUGGAAGACCUUGCCAAGCAAAUCGAGCAGGUGAAGGCCGUGAUGCUGAACCUUGAAGCUCAACUGGAGAAGGAGAAAGCUGAGACCGUUGCAGCCAAGUCUCCCUUGUCCUUCAACCAUAUAAUUUGAUGUUCUUCUUUUUUUCCUCGAAGGAAAAUAAUUUGAUUUCUUAGUAUGUUAGUAGUCCAAAGAUUUUCUAAGUUAUUCCUUAUGUUUGCAGUUGCCAUU